AUGACUAUAUCAACUAUUCAAUCUUAUAAAACAAAUGUCAAUAUAUUAAUAACUGCUAUUUGUUUGGUUGUAUCAUUUCUUUCUGUUGGAUUCUUUGCUGAAUAUUUAACAAAACACCAAUUUGGUAAAGACAAGAUUUUAUUUACUGCAACUAGUGCAUUAGUAUUUCUUCAGGCAAGUUUCAGUACUCUUGGAGCAUAUGUCCUGAUUAAAAUAACAAAACAACACUUUGAUAUAAAAAACAUUCCCCAUAAAAGAUUUGUUAUUCAAAGUCAGGCAUAUUGUGGUGCAAUGUUCUUUUCUAAUAAAUCAUUGUUAUAUAUUGAUUAUCCAACUCAAAUUAUUACCAAAUUUUUUAAACCAAUUACUGUUAUGUUAUUUAGUAUUUUUUAUACUAAAAAAUAUGAAAUAAGACAGAUUAUAUUCAGUAUUAUUACAUUUAGUGGAAUAGCUAUGUUUAUGUAUGACAAAUUUGCUAAAUUAGAUACUUCAAAAUAUUCAGAUUUUUCAUUCUUAUUUGGACUAAUACUAAUUGUUACAUCAUUACUUUGUGAUGGAAUAGCAUCAGCAGAAGAAGAUAUUAUUGCUCAUGACUAUCAAGUACCAUUAUUCUAUACAAUGAUGUAUGCUAAUUUUUAUGCCAUUCCAUUAUUUGCUAUUAUUUCAAUAGUCACAGGAGAUUUGCAACAAAUGAUAAGUAUUAUAUCACAAGAUAUAGAAUUUCUAUUAAUUAUUAUUUGCUAUGUUUUUUGUUCCGUUUGUGGACAAUACUUUAUUUACAGGUUAAUUACAUUAGCUAAUUCAUUACUUCUUGUUGCAGUAACUAAUACAAGAAAGAUUGUAACAAUGAUUAUUUCUGUUAUUGUAUUUAAACACCCAAUCACAAAACUACAGAUAUUUGCUAUUUUUAUUGUUUUUGGCACAUUAUUCAUUGACAUUAUGACAAGAAAACCACAACAAAAACAACCGCAACAACAAAGUUCAGAAAAUACUAAGAAGAAUAAUUGA